CUUGCAAAAAGCCAUUAAAGGUCGAGCAAGGGAGGUGGUUGAAUGCUUACUAAUUCAUAGCGGCAACGUGUCUCGCGUUCUUAGCACCCUUGGGGAUAGGUUCGGUAGGCCAGAGCAACUGGUGAAAAGCCAAAUUGCAAAAAUACAGGGUGUAGCUCCUAUAGCGGAAAAUCGUAUCGAUCAAAUCGUCCCGUUCGCUACGAAAGUACAAAAUUUAUCAUCAUUUCUACAGUCUGCUAACUGCGAUCAUCACCUAUCGAACCCCACGCUUAUGGAUGAACUACUAUCGAAAUUGCCGGUGCAAAGGCGGAUUGACUGGGCCAGGCAUGCGUUGACGAUAGUACCGAGACCGAACAUAUGUCAUUUCAGCGACUGGUUGCAGGAGCUUUCAAAGUUGGUGGCGAGUGCUAUGGUAAACACUAAUGCGGAUUCCAGGCAGAGCGGGCGAGGCGAAAAUCGUACGCGUUUCUUUCAUACGCAGGAUAUAAACAGUGGCAAUCGGGAUCCUAGCGUAUGUGUUCUUUGUAAAGGUAGACACAGUAUAAAUCGGUGCAAGCGGUUUCUUGAUAUGCAGGUGGGUCAGCGAUGGCGUGUAGUGCGUCAAAAUAAAUUAUGUUUCAAUUGUUUGAAAAGCGACCAUAGGAGCGGCGAUUGCACCGAACAACACAGAUGCGACGUGGAUAGGUGUACGCGGAAGCAGCAUGAACUACUACAUUUUCGGGAGCAAGGAAGUACAGAUGGUCAGCGUCAAUUGGAAACUGCGACGCGGCAACAAGUCCUCACUAAUACAAUCGUCGACAAACCAAGUUCAAAAUUAUUGUACAAGAUCCUGCCAGUGCGGUUGUACGCCAACGGUCGAGUCAUAAGCACCUUUGCCCUCUUCGAUGAUGGUUCGGCAAUCUCGAUGAUGAACAGCGAAUUGGCUGGUCGUCUAGGUCUCAAAGGACAGAAGGAAAACUUAACGCUACAAUGGUUUGGUGGUACCACAGUUACGGAGCAGUCAAGCAGGGUCGAUGUGGAAAUAUCCGGAGUUGCAAAAUACAACAAAAGGUUUUCGUUGCGGAACGUUAGAACCGUAGCCAAUCUUCAACUGCCGGCGCAAACACUCCAGCGGUCAGAGCUGCAUUACAGACAUCGUCACUUGCCGAUCAAGGAGUAUGUUGGAGCGGUUCCAGAGCUAUUGUUAGGGUUAGAUAACGCGCAUCUGAGUAUUUCAAAGAAAACUGCUGACGAUGGAGGGAAUGGCUAUUCGGUGACGCUCACGAAACUGGGAUGGAUCGUCUACGGAGGUAAUGACCGAGACAUUGGAGAUAGGCGGCAGUUUGUAAACUUCGUUAAGACAGAUGACAGUGCUGAGCGGCUUGAGCGUUUGGUGAGUGAGUACCUAAUCAACGAAGAUCUCGGAGUUCGCGAUGCUGUAGAGGUAGUAGAAGCUGCAGAUAUUGCUAAAGCAAAAACGUUAUUGGAAGAAACAACAGUAAGAAAGGGUUCACACUUUGAGACAGGUUUGCUUUGGAAGCACGCAGAUGUAGCCCUACCAGAUAGUCGAAAAAUGGCAGAGAACCGGAUGUUAGCCCUGGAAAAGAAGUUUAAGCGCGAUGAAAAUUUUAAGUCUGCAUACGUCAAGGUAAUAGAGGAAUACGAAGCCAAAGGUUAUGCGAGGAAGCUGACGCCAGAGGAGAUCACGGCAGGAGGGAAGCGUAGCUGGUACCUACCACACUUUGGAGUUUGGAACGCGAACAAACCUGGAAAGAUGCGACUUGUAUUUGAUGCUGCGGCCAAAGUCAACGGUGUGUCAUUGAACUCGGCAUUGUUAAGUGGGCCGGAUCUAAACCAACCACUCGCAACUAUUUUGUUGAAAUUUCGGGAGAGGCCAGUUGGUGUAUGCGCCGAUAUAGUGGAGAUGUUCCAUCAAGUCAAGAUACGUUCGCAGGAUCAAGCAGCACAACGCUUCAUAUGGAGAACAGACUCUAAGCAGCCAUUUGUGGUAUAUGGCAUGGACGUGAUGACGUUCGGGGUUACUUGCUCACCGAGCUCGGCCCAGUUCGUAAAAAACAAAAAUGCAGAGGAGUUUAGGGAACAAUUUCCAGAAGCGGCGAAUGCAAUAAUCAACAAUCACUAUGUCGACGACUUCGUGCACUGUUUCUCUACCGUCGACGAGGCAAUCCGAACAACGAAGCAGGUAGCUUGGAUUCAUAAACAAAGAGGGUUUGACUUAAAGCGGUUUGUGUCCAACUCUGAACAGCUCAUGAAACAAAUGAAUAACGAAGAAAAGCGUCCCGCUUGCUUGAAUCUUGAUAGAGAUAAUGUUGGUAUUUUUCAGAAAGUCCUUGGGCUACAUUGGGAUACGCUUAACGACGAUUUUAGAUUUGUUCUCUCGUUUGCAAAGGUCGAUCCAAUUGUGCGGGCUGGGACAAGGAGACCCACAAAACGCGGACUACUCAGCGUCACAAUGUCGGUGUUCGAUCCGUUCGGAAUUGCGGCGGAGUACACUAUGGAAGCAAAGCUUCUGCUGCAGGCGACUUGGCGAGCUGGUAUCGACUGGGAUGAACCUAUUCCAGAUGAAUUGCAAGAAGCAUGGUUGAGAUGGUUGACGGCGAUCAAGCGUUUGGAAGAAGUAAGCGUGCCGCGGUGUUACGGAUUAGGGUUCCAUCAGUUACCAGUCGAAUUACACGUAUUUGCGGACGCGAGCGAGGUAGCUUAUGCAGCGGUAGCGUACUGGAGGUUCCCAGAAGGUACGAGAAGUCCAAAUCCCAUAUUCAUCUCAGGAAAGGCCAAAUGCGCACCAUUGAAGCUUACAUCAAUCCCCCGACUGGAGCUGCAGACAGCAGUGUUGGCUAGACGUCUUCGGAAGAGCAUCCUUCAAUGUCAUGGAAAAAUCCCUAAAAGAGUCGUAAUGUGGAGCGACUCGAAAACUGUCCUAGCUUGGGUGAAGUCUGACUAUUGGCGCUAUAAACCAUACGUGGCGCAUCGUGUUAACGAAAUUUUAGAGGCUAGUGAUGUAAACGAGUGGCGAUGGGUUCCAAGCGCAUUAAAUCCAGCGGAUUGGGGAACGCGUCCGAAGGCCGAUAGAAGAAGCUCAACAUGGAUUAGUGGGCACCCGUUCUUGUCGCAAGACGAAAGCUUAUGGCCGUCCAACGAGGUUACCCCGAACACGCAAGAUGAGCUAAGAGCGAAUUUUUCAGUUUUGACAGUAAAUAUCGACAAUGCCAUGUUCACCAAAUUUUCAUCAUUGGUCCGUUUAACAAGAGUGGUAGGCUGGAUAUUGCGGUUCCAAAACAAUUGCCGCAAAGACGCAAGCGAGAAGCGUUCUGGAGGGCUCAGUGCUUUGGAAAUAAAGAGCGCGGAAAUAGCUAUAAUCAGCUCGGUACAAAGACAAAGCUUCGCGGACGAAUAUUGUGCACUGAUUGCAGAGAAACAGGUGGAACGCAGCAGCCCCUUGAGGACCCUAACACCGAUGUUGGAUGAAGAGGGAGUGAUACGAGUAGGUGGGCGAAUAGAUGCAGCAGUAGCCAUUCCACCGCAUUCACGUAGACCAAUAAUCUUGCCUAAACGUCACCAUGUUACUGCGCUUGUAGUGGAUUAUUACCACAAAAUCUGGAAGCAUCAAAACGAAAGUACAAUAGUUGCAGAGAUACGACGGCGAUACUGGAUCCCGCAGAUCAGAACAGAGGUGCGACGCGCAAUGAAAAAAUGUCCAGUUUGUAUAAAAGAAAAGGCUAAACCAAACCCUCCGCAAAUGGGUCAACUUCCACCGGAUAGACUUACACCUUUCGUAAGACCAUUCACUUACGUAGGUCUUGACUACAUGGGUCCGUUUACAGUCGCGAUUGGCAGAAGAAGUGAGAAGCGUUGGAUUGCGCUAUUUACAUGCCUUACUGUGCGGGCGGUACAUCUGGAGCUCGCAAGGGACUUGACAACGGACACUUGUCUUAUGUGUAUACGAAAUUUUAUGAACCGCAGAGGAACGCCGGUGCGCAUCAGAUCGGACAACGGCACGAACUUCAUUGGAGCUGAUAAAGAGUUGAGGCGACAGAGAAUCGACUUCGAUAACGGCGUUAUAUCUAAUGCGCUGGCAAACAAGAACAUCGAGUGGGUUUUCAAUUGCCCGUUGAAUCCCCAUGCUGGCGGCUGUUGGGAAAGACUCGUCCGUAGUGUGAAACGCGCCAUGGGGCACGCUCUCAACAACGAAAACAUCCAGGAGCACUGCCUUUAUAGCCUAAUGUGCGAAGCGGAGAAUAUUGUUAACGCAAGACCAUUGACGCACAUACCGUUGGACGAACACACUGACGAACCGCUAACCCCUAAUCAUUUUCUCCUAGGUACUCGCAAUUCCGAGCAAACGCCACAUCCGCAAGAGGAAAAGAUGAUUCCAACCCGAAAAAUGUGGUACAAGGUCCAACAAAUGCAGCACAGGUUUUGGCGGAAGUGGAUAGAUGAGUAUUUGCCAGACCUAACGAGGCGAACAAAAUGGUACGGAGUGCAGAAUCCUCUAGCCGUAGGUGAUGUCGUCCUCCUAUGCGACACCAACGUACAUCGCUCCAAGUGGCAGAUGGGGCGAAUCACACAAGUAUUUCCAAGCAAAGACGGGCAAGUAAGAGCCGCGCUAGUGCAAACGAAGGACGGCGUUUACAAACGAGCAGCCUGUAUACUGGCCAGGUUAGAUUUGGUGAAUCUGGGCAGAUCCACGGAGGCGGGGAUGUUGGCGCGGCCUAGCAGCAAAUGAUAUUUAAAGUUUUUGUAAAUCCCAAGUAUGUGGAAACCCUAUGUAUUGUACUAAAUUAUUGUAAAAUCUGUAUAAGUGGCAACGCUGUACCAAUAUUGCACAAAUAUGACAGUCAUAAUGUACGAAAGAAAAUAGCGGGCAUUCGUGGCUGGCAUAUUGGAGCAAGAAGGUUGCAAUCACACAAAUGUGAAAUAAAACACAAUUCAUCUCCAUUUAUUAAUAUACUACGCAAAUAAGUUGAAGUUUAUUUGGAGAGUUUGCGUGAGUCCAG